AUGGACGUCCACCUGCAGGCCAACCCUCAACUCUACUAUGGGGUCAACGGUCAAAACUCAAGACCAGGAGAAGACCCGCUGCUGUUUCUGAGCCAGGAGGAGCAGGAGUGCCUUCAGUUCUUUGAGAAGACCAUCGACUCGUUGGAGGAGAGUCUGGUGGAGGAUGAGCGAAGGCCCGGGCAGGUGAGGAUCCCUGCAAGCAGCGGCCAGCCUGUCGAAGAAAUCCCCUCGACAUCGAGUCCCAAACCCGGGAUCAUCAUGUCCUCCUUCCAGGCCAAAGACCAAGACAUUAUCGACUUGGUCCAACCAGAACCGGACCUGGUGCAGACCAAAGAGCAGAUCUUCAUCCCCACCAGUCCAGAUUUUCAGACUAUGAUGCAAAACCCUGACAGCCACUUCGAGAUAAAGCCAAGACGUGAUCAGAUAGACAACUUGCCUUCAGAGUACAACCCUCCCCUUCCAAGCGGCUAUGGGUCAACAGACAGCCACUCCUCCUACCACCCUCCAGGUUGUAUCCCCACCCCGGUUCUGAUUGCCCAGCAGAUAGCUGAGAACCAAGCAGGUGGACCCUCCAACUUCAAUCCCUCCUCGAACCUCCGCCGUAGCAGCCUGGACUCCCAAAGGCCGCUGGGCUACAGUGCCGAUCUUCAUGGUAAGCACGGUCCUCCUACCUCUGCCAAGCCUACCCGAUUCCCAGCAAACAUCAGCGUGAUACAUGGCGGCAAAGACCACCAGAACCAGCCACUCGCUAAUGUGAACAUCCAUGAGAGACGAGCACAGAUGUUGGCAAACCUAUCAGGAACAUCACACCCUCUGCUGCAGGAAGAUCCUCAGCAGGCUGUAGAGCAGAAGCCUCGAAAUAUUCCCACUCGCAGUGUUUCCUUUAGGGACCCCACACCAGACAAAUCCAGGAUGGAGGCCUUGUCCAAACUGGGCCUGAACAGGAACCGAGCCAUGUCUGGGGGUACUUCGCUCCUCGGCAUCACUGACAACAACUCACUGGAACCUCUUAAAGGUGGAGAAACCAGUGCCAAACCUCUGAAAGCCAGUGGUCCCCCAACAACAGACACAAGCACCAAAAUGCCAGAAGCAAGAGUCAUGACACCAUCUCAGAGCCAGAUUCAUGUUGACAGAAAACCAGAGAUUCUGCGGACCGAUUCUCUCAGGAGCCAUGAAGAUAGAAACCCUAAACCAACAUCCUUCCCCCCGCCGCCUGAAGUCACCUUGCUAGAAUUAAACAGCUACGGAGGGAAAUCCAUUGUUGUAAACCCUUCUGUUUCCUCCAGGAGUGAACCUGCAACAUAUCCAAGUAGCCAUGAACCCAAAAUCCUUCCACCUGCUCUAGCUAAUCCCAGCGAGUUCAACCCUUACGGAGGAAAGACCAAAGUCAUGAACGCUGCUCCUGUACCUGUGACCAGGAGCGACCUUCCUGACAUCCUCAGCUCCCAUAUUGACAAGAGUCAAACCUUGCCGGCCAAAUCAGAGCCGCCGUCUGCUGACUUACGGAGUAACAGUUACGGAGGAAAGAGCCUAACCAUCAACUCUUCCACUGGGUUAAAUUAUGCUUCACACACUCCGGCAAGGACUUUCAAAGCUCCAGCACCGACUCCAGCCCCGAGACCUUCUCGGCACUCUGAUCACGGCGCUGUUACUGCCCAGAAACCAGCGUCACGAGCCUUGUCCCCUGAACAUAAGCGGAGGCCCAGCUACAUGUUUCGUCCCCAAGGCAUCACCGUGCAGUUCUCUGGACGAGGGGCGACGGAUGAAUCGCGCAGGGAGGCGUUGAGGAAACUGGGGCUGCUGAAAGAGUCGUGAUAAAAAUCUGGAAAUGUACUCAUCAGUCAUCUGUCAAACCUGAAUCUCUUGAGUAUACCUGCUGGUUGAGGUGGCAUGCUAGAAGUUUCUCAUGUGCGAGGUGUGGUUGAACAGAGACUUACUUUUAAAGAGGAAUGUCGAUGAAUGUGGCGAUAGACCUGCUCAGCCAGUUCUCACUUCCUGGCCAUAAAAAAACAAACUAAAAAUGAGAAUGACGGUGCAGCUGCUGCCCACACAACACUGUUUCAAUGACAGAAGUCUUGACAGAUAAACUGCAACAACUGCUU